AUGCCUUGCAAUGGACACGUCAAAAGGAAACGCACACUUUCGGAACGAGCUGGUCUACAGUUCCCCGUGGCCCGUGUUCAGCGGUACCUCAGGAGCGGCUACUUUGCACCUCGCGUCAGUGCCACAGCCUCUGUCUUCAUGUCAGCAAUACUGGAGUACCUAUGUGCCGAGGUACUGGAAAUGGCAGGCAAGGAAACGAUGAAGCACAAGAGGGUGCGCAUUACCCCGCGGCACAUCUUCCUAUCAGUGCAGAAGGAUCAAGACUUGAGUGAAUUAUUCGAGUCUGUCACCAUCUCCAGGGGUGGAUAUGUACCCGAUAUCGAGGAUUACAUCUCUCCAAAAACAGCGUCCUGGCACAGGACUCUAUAA